CCUCAUCAUGUUCCAACCUCUCUCUUUGGUGUAGCAAUGGCUGGAGGAGCACCGAGGAAAAAAACUCCCGGCUCCGCGUCUCCUCUGCGGAGGACGCUUCAGACGCUGUGGCAGGAAAAACAUUUAGUCCUCUUCAAGACCGAGUACACUUUUAUAGUGGUGUCAGUCUUGUGGCUCUUAGAAAUCGGGAUCAAUGUGUGGGUCAUUCAGAAAGUGGCAUACACUGAGAUUGACUGGAAGGCUUACAUGGAUGAAGUGGAGGGAUUCAUCAAUGGCACCUAUGACUACACUCAGCUUAAAGGAGACACUGGCCCCUUGGUGUAUCCGGCCGGUUUUGUGUACAUCUUCACUGCUCUGUACUACAUCACAAGCUGUGGGACGAACAUCCGUCUGGGCCAAUACAUUUUUGCUGUGUUCUACCUUAUCACAUUGCUUCUGGUCUUCAGAAUGUACUGCCGCACUAAAAAGGUUCCUCCAUAUGUGUUUUUCUUCAUGUGCUGUGCCUCUUAUCGGAUUCACUCCAUCUUCGUCCUGCGUUUGUUCAAUGAUCCAGUGGCCAUGACCCUGCUGUUUGCGGCUGUAAACCUUUUCAUCGACGGACACUGGUCUCUGGGCUGUGGCAUUUACAGUUUAGCAGUGUCUGUGAAAAUGAACGUGCUCCUAUUUGCACCAGGACUACUUUUCCUCCUGCUAUCGGAGUUUGGUUUGAUCAGGACAAUUCCAAAACUUGGUCUAUGUGCAAGCGUACAGCUCUUGUUGGGUCUGCCUUUCCUUGCGGUGAAUCCCGUCGGCUACAUGAGUCGGGCUUUUGACCUGGGGCGUCAGUUUAUGUUCAAGUGGACCGUCAACUGGCGCUUCCUGCCCGAGUGGCUCUUUUUGAACCGCUACUUCCACUUGCUCCUGCUGGCAGCUCAUCUGCUGAGUCUGCUGCUUUUCGCCCUCCGCCGCUGGAAGAGAUCUGGAGAAAGCCCACUGGAACUCUUAAAGGAGCCUGGCAAGAGGAAACUCCCAGCUCAGAAAAAAAACAUCAACCAGAUCGUGCUCAUCCUGUUUACCUCCAACUUCAUAGGCAUGUGCUUCAGUCGGUCGUUGCAUUACCAGUUCUACGUGUGGUACUUCCACACGUUGCCCUAUCUGCUGUGGAGUGGAGGAGUUAAAAAGAUGGCCCAUCUGCUCAGAGUCCUCAUCCUGGGUCUUAUUGAGCUUUCAUGGAACACCUACCCCUCGACAUGCAGCAGCUCCAUAGCCCUCCACGUGUGUCACCUCAUCAUUCUCCUUUGUCUGUGGCUGGCUCCCUCAGCUCCAGCUGCAACGCAAGCAAAAGCACCCGUUAAGGACAAAUGCCGAUGAGGCGCAAUACAAUUGGAGGUGUAUGUGUCAACGCAUCCUCGCUCUGAGCCUCAUGACUCCCGCACAGAGAAUGGCGAUGGGGUAGACUCCUGGUUUGUUUUUGUUUUUUGAAGGAACAAUUAUUUACCUCUUAGCUUUGUGCUGAAAGUGAAGAAAGCUAAAGCUCAGACAAUUACACAGUACCAUAUCGUGUAGUGGUUCUUUGGAGGUAUAAAGAGAUGGGAAAAAUUGAUCCUCGGAUUUCAUUCAUCAACUUAUGAUAGAACGAGGGUGUUGUUUUGAAACAAUUUGACACAAACCUUUAUCCCCAUUACGAUAACCUCAUUAGUAAUUAUGAUAAACAAAAAGAAUGGCCAGUAGAAGAACUCUGCAGUAUGACAAAAGAAUAUGUAAUACUGUAUAAAGAAAAACUCAUAUUUGUUAUGAUUCAGCUAUCAGGGAUAUAUUCACUGAUGAAAUGUUGCUAUAAUAUCUAAAUCAUGCAAUCACAAUGAUACAAUGAACCAAAAAUGCUUCAACAUUAUGAGUCAAAAAUGUGUCAGAUUCAGUGUGUCAUUCUCAUUUUGUAUCAGUGCAACAUGCUUUUUAUGUGUUAUCUAAAUGUGUAGUUGUCUGUUUUCUAUACUUGUGAUGGUACAUGAAUCAGUUGUAGAUAUGGCCGGAGACAAUCGUAGCUUCUUAUGAUCUGGUGAUGUAUGGGUAACAGCACUCAUCAGCACGCAAGGAGCUUUGAAAAACAAAAAAGUGACAUUUUGUAUUAAAUAUUAAUAAUACUUACAA